CGCUGCCGUGGGAGCGUCUGUUCAGCCGGUGAGGCAGCGGCAGCUCGCUUUUUACGUCCUCUUGUUAUCCACCUGUGCCGCGGAUGGUGCUGAUGGAGCAGACCUUGCGUUGCCUGGAAUAAUUUGUGUACAUUUUUUUUCUUAUAUCGGGAUUUGCUCUUUUUUGCAUCAUUAGGCAUCCAAAGUUGUGAUGAUGCCUCCGCUCAGCAUUUGGGAUUGUUAAUAGCCUUCGUUGCGAUACAUCGUUCGCAUGUGAUUGAACAAAUACUGUCUCUCGGAAGUGGACAAAACAUGGACUAGUUUUCUUUUUAUACAUUAACCAUGGGAUUAUUACAGCUAUAUCUGGUUCUCGGCAUAUUUUGCGCCUCCUCAGUUGUAGGUUUUGGGAUUGACCCUGCCCUGCGCAUCAGCGUGUUUGAUGAACUAACGCUCGGGGAAGGCUUUGAUGGAGUUACUCAGGUCCAGGGCUUCCACAGCGAGUCUAGAGCUUUCCACUUCCAAGGGUCCUCCAGGGAAGUGAUGGCCACUGUUGAGGUCUCAGAGAAAAUGGUCCAGAAGCUGAGAGGCAAGAAUGAGUUUACGGUGCUGGUGACCCUCAAACAAGAUCACCUCAACUCUGGGGUCAUCCUCUCCAUUCAUCAUUCUGAUCACAGGUUCCUGGAGCUGGAGAGUAGUGGACAGCGCAGUGAGGUGCGUCUUCACUAUCGUACCAAAGGCCAACAGGCUCACACGGAGGUGUUCCCCUACAGCCUGGCUGAUGACCAGUGGCACAAAGUCUCUGUGGCUGUCAGUGCCUCUCAUGUCAUACUUCAUGUCGACUGCAACAGGAUCUAUGAGCGGGUGGUGGAAGCCCCCUACAUGGACAUACCUGAGGAUGCCUCCUUCUGGCUUGGACAGAGAAACGCCGCUCAUGGCUUCUUCAAGGGAGUGAUGCAGGACGUGGAGAUCCUGGUGAUGCCACAGGGUUACAUCUCACAGUGUCCAGAUCUGAACAGAACAUGCCCAACCUGUAAUGAUUUCCACGGACUUGUGCAGAAAAUCAUGGAACUGCAGGAUAUCCUUGCUAAAACAUCCAGCAAGCUGUCCAGGGCAGAGGAGAAGAUGAAUGGGCUGGAUGGCUGCUAUUGUGAGAGAACCUGCAGCGUCAAGGGGGUCGUCUACAGGGAGGAGGAGGGCUGGACAGAUGGCUGCAGAAACUGCACAUGCUCGAAUGGCACGGUGCAAUGUGAGGCCAUCUCCUGCCCUCCCCCUCAGUGCCCAGCGGGCACCGCGCCUGCCUACGUAAAGGGUGCUUGCUGCAAGGAGUGCCAGCCAAUCUGCCUGUUUGGUGGAAGAGAGCUAGUGGAAGGGAAUCAGAAGGCUGUGCGCGACUCCUCUGGCAGGUGUCUGCUGUUUGAAUGCAGGGACAGGACCAUGCAUCGAGUAGUCCCCAGUGAGCCUUGUCCCGAACUCAACUGUGCAGAGUCGGAGCAGAUCACCUUGAGUGACAGAUGCUGCAAAGUCUGCAGAGGUCAUGACUUCUGCUUAGAGGGCCACAGCUGUGUGGAGCACUCCGACUGUGUGAACCUGGAGGCAGGAGACUGCUGUGUUUGUAAGGAUGGCUUCCGUCCACUGCGAGAUGAUAAUGCAUACUGUGAAGAUAUUGAUGAGUGUGCUGAAGGGAAGCACUACUGCAGGGAGAAUACCAUGUGCGUUAACACCCCUGGCUCCUUCAUGUGCAUCUGCCAUACGGGCUACAUCAGGAUCGAUGACUAUUCCUGCACAGAGCACGAUGAGUGCCUCAGCGGGCUCCACAACUGCGAUGAGAAUGCCCUGUGCUUUAACAUGGUUGGAGGCCACAGCUGCUCCUGUAAGCCCGGCUACACUGGCAAUGGGACAGUAUGCAAAGCUAUGUGUGACGGAUUGUGCCAGAAUGGGGGAACCUGCGUCUCACCUAACAACUGUGUUUGCCAGCAAGGAUUUACUGGGAAGAGAUGCGAGACAGAUAUUGAUGAGUGUGCGGACGGCUUUGUCGAGUGUGAUAGUAAAUCCACUUGUGUCAACUUGCCCGGCUGGUACCACUGUGAGUGCCGUGAUGGCUACCAUGACAAUGGCUUGUUUUCCACCAAUGGGGAAUCAUGUGUAGAUAUUAAUGAAUGCAAGACGGGGAGGAACACCUGUGCCAACGACACAGUGUGCUUCAACCUGGAGGGAGGCUAUGACUGCCGGUGCCCCCACGGGCACAAUUGCACCGGCGACUGUAUCCAUGACAACAAGGUCAAGCACAGUGGGCAGAUCUGGGUGCUGGACAGUGAUAGGUGCUCUGUGUGCUCCUGUCAGGCUGGCCAAGUUAUGUGCCGCAGGAUGGUUUGCGACUGCGACAACCCAAACGCCGACCUUUUCUGCUGCCCCGAGUGCGACCCUAGACUGAGCAGCCAGUGUCUGCACCAGAGCGGCCUGCUCACCUACGGCAGCGGGGACACAUGGGUGGAGAACUGCCAGCAGUGCCAGUGCCUGCAGGGGCAGGUGGACUGUUGGCCUCUGCCGUGCCCGCCUGUGGAUUGCGAGUUUACCGUGGUGCCUGAGGGCGAGUGCUGUCCCCGCUGUGUCACCGACCCCUGCCAGGCCGACACCAUCCGCAACGACAUCACCAAGACGUGCACGGACGAGCACAACAUCUCACGCUUCAGUGGCUCUUCCUGGAUUAAACAUGGCACCGAGUGCACGCUGUGCCAGUGCAAGAAUGGACACAUCUGUUGCUCAGUGGACCCCAUGUGCCUUUAGUCCUGGCAGACCUGAAGGCACCUGUACAGUGUUCUCCAUGUAAAAAAAGUAACACCACCCCUAUGUCUCCUCACUGUCCUCCUCAGAGGUGCGAGUCAAAUAGUGUUUGCAUUGUUAGGAGUUGUUUUAGCCUGCUGAACCAGGUGGAUGGGGGUUACUAAUCAGGAUAAUCCCUACAAUGUCACAUUGUCAAAUACAGAGAGUUGUACAAAUUUAACCUUCAGGUACUUUCUCCUCCGAUUAUCUACAGUUUCUAGCUCUUAUUGUGUGUUCUACAUGGUAAACCCCAUCCAUCUGGUGCCUCGCACAGCCUCAGCAUUAAGAGAAUGUUUUGCAAAUACUCUGUGACCCGCGUCUGCCUCCUCAACUCCUCUUUAUACCAAAUGCAAACCUAUGUCAUACCAAACAGAUGAUGGACUACAGUUUCCUCAAACCCACUCUCUUUGUUCUGUCUCACCACUUAGUGAGUGAAACUUUAAGGAUCACCAUUCCCCACUCCCCAAAUCAUCGCUACAUAAAUCUGUAAGAUAUUACUAUUACUGGCAUGACUGUGCUUGAUGUCCAAUCAUUUUUGCUGAUUUCUAAAUUCUCAGUGAUGAUGAUGAUACCUUAGAUAGAGUAAAGGCAGUUAGCAUAAGGUUCCUUUGCCACAUUUAUGAGUCGUCUAUAUAUUAUGCGGUGCUUUGUAGCAUUUUGUUCCAUUUCUCUUUUUUGUAAUUUUUAUUUCCAAGCUUGUUAAUGUGUAAUAGUGAAAUAAAGUAUUUCCAUUUACAUUAAA